AUGCGUACGACUAGAGGUGAAAUGACUGAUGUACAAAUAAAAAAUACUUUCAAUGUAGGAUGGUCCAUGGAAGACUUCAAUGAUGAUGAGAUGACAGAGCUGAGUGAUGAAGACUGUCCUCCCCAUGCUUCUUUGUCUGAGAAGUUAGCUAAUAAGCUAGAUGGGCACUGCUUUGACUUAAUACAACCUGUCACAUCUUCCCGUACAUCUUUGCCACUAUGGAUGAUUGCCCUCAUUGUGUUAGGAGUGUUGGCAAUUCUGGGAAUAACUAUUGGUCUUCUGGUUCAUUUUCUGACAGUAGAAGACAGGACCUACUAUUAUCAAGGUAGUUUUAAAGUGAUGGAUAUCCCAUAUAAUAGCAAUUAUGAAAGGGAGACAUCACAAGAAACUAAUCGUCUUAGCAAAAUUCUUGAGACUAAGAUGACGGAAGCGUUUCACAAUUCUAACAUUUACAGACAAUAUGUCAAUUCUCAGGUCAUCAGAUUGGUUCCUGAUAACAAUAGUGUGACAGCUCAGAUAUGGCUGGUAUUCAAGGCUUCCAGAUCAAUGAAGGAAAAUACAAGAAGAAUUGAAAGCAUCUUAGGUCAGAUGCUGAGGAACCAUUCAGAAUCUGUGACUACAGAUCCUAAUUCUCUUAGGCUCGUAGAAAUCAGUAAGGUCAAUGCUGAAAAGAUUAUCAACAACCGUUGUGGGAGACAAGCAAGGAUGUCGGCUAUAUAUGACAGAGUCAAGGGAGGCUCCAGUGCUCAGGAAGGAGAAUGGCCAUGGCAAGCAAGUCUCAAAAUGAAUGGCAAACACUAUUGUGGGGCAUCUUUGAUCAGUGACAGAUACCUGGUUACUGCAGCUCACUGCUUUCAAAAGACCAAAAAUCCGAAAAAUUAUACAGUCAGCUUUGGCAUUAGAGUAAGCCCUCCCUACAUGCAACAUUAUGUUCAGAAAAUAAUUAUUCAUGAAGACUACAUCCCGGGUGAACCUCAUGAUGAUGUUGCAGUUAUAUUGCUCACUGAAGAAGUUUUAUUUAAUAACAACGUACAUCGAGUUUGUCUGCCUGAAGCCUCGCAGAUUUUUCUACCAGGCGAAGGUGUUGUUGUAACAGGAUGGGGAGCACUUUUUUAUAAUGGUAAACAGCCAGUGUUACUUCAGAAAGCACCUGUGAAGAUUAUUGAUACAAACACUUGUAAUGCUGAAGAAGCAUAUAAUGGUUUGGUUUGGGACACAAUGAUAUGUGCUGGAUACAUGAAAGGAAAUAUUGAUGCCUGCCAGGGUGACUCUGGAGGACCACUAGUUUAUCCCAAUUCCCGAAAUAUUUGGUACCUUGUUGGAAUAGUGAGCUGGGGAACUGAAUGUGGUAAAAUCAAUAAGCCAGGAGUCUAUACGCGAGUGACCUCCUACAGCAACUGGAUUGCCUCCAAGACUGGUAUUUAAGAGAAGUGCAUCUUUUAACAUAGGUUAUUUUUUCCUGUUACUCCUAAGCCUUUUUAACAUGCAUUUUAAAUUAGUGUGAACAAUAGAUGUUUUGAAAAAAAAAAAAAACUGUGGUUCUGAGGGAGUGUUUAUGAACUUUAAUUUUAAGGAGACCCUACAAGACAUGUCAUUUUUAGUCCAGAAAAGCAAAGAAAGUGUUCCUAUCAGAAGCAAUACUAUUUGUUUUCUAUUUUAUUAACUCAGAUCGUGGCUAUCCUGCCAUAAUACAAAGCUCUUGGUUUUAGUCAUUCAGACUUUCUGGAAUUACGAAAGUAGGUCUUUGUCCAUGGCAAAUUAGCAGGUGCCAC